GGCGGGCCUGUGAAAAUGCUGCAGUACAUUCCCCUUUUGAGUAUAAAAUCAUCCGGGCCAAGUCAGACUAUAAGCAUCGAGGAGGUACCAUUGUAUUCAAUAUCCGUGGGUGUUGCAAGUUUACAAUAGUUAUGCACUAUGCAUCUGUAGUACCUUUUAUGUGAUAAGACAUAAAUUGUGGUGUAAAUGAAGCGAAAACACACAGAAAAGUCUAGUUAUCUGUCGUCACCGGUAGCGGCGGCAGCAGCGGCAAUACAAGAUGAUCUUAGUGAUGUUAGUGAUGAUUUUGAAGACACUUAUAAUACAAAGAUAGCAAGUUUACAAUCACAAUUAGAUGAAUUAAAUAAUAAAACUCACCCAGAGUAUUUAAAAAUUCGUCGAGAAAUUGAAAAUUGGCAUCAAGAACAGAAGCAGCGUAUUCACUUUCUACAGGAACAUAAGCUUGAUAUCAUCUAUCGAGAGUAUAACAAAGAAGUGGAUACAUGCGAUCAAGAGUGUGAGCAUGAAAAACGCAGAAUUCAAAAUUAUUUAGUUUCAUUAUGUGAAGAAUUGAAAAGACGAUUAGAGCAUGAUAAAAAGAAUAUUGAAUUAACUCCAAGUGGAGAUGUCCUCGAAUUCAAGCCUACUGUCACUCGGAAACUAAGACGACGUGCUGGUGGCGGUGGGGGUGGAGGUGGUGCUGGUGGCGCCGGCGGCAGCGGCAACACCGGAGGAGGAGCAGGAGGAGGAAAUUCUGGCGGUGGCUCUGCUAGUGCUGGUGGUGGUGAUGAUGGCGGUGGUGGAAAUGAUGUAACCCCUUCAAAUCCUGCUAACUUUAUGUACUGGGGGGAUUUACUUCUUUGUGGUGCUAGUGGUGGUUCACGAUGGCCAAUCAACUCAAAUUUAAACUCAAAGCUACAACGAUCUGAAUCAAACGAUAUGCGUAGUCCUGUUACCAAUAAUGAUGAGGAGAAUACUGAUCUCGGUGGCCAGCCGUCUAUAUCAUCCAAUGGAGAAAAUGAGUCGAAAGAGACUCCUACUGCAGCAGAUGAAAAAUUAGUGACAACUACAAAUACAGGGAAUAAUGAUAGUGGUGAUAAUACUAUCUCAUCGGUAUGUGAAUCAUCGACAACGGCGUCGACGACGAUGACGACGACUACUAGUACUACUAGUAAUACCACGACGCAUACGACGCAGACAAUGUCAAUGACGACCACUGUGUGCAAUUCAGCCUCUAAGACGACGAAUAUGUUUGGAAGUUUAGGGCUAAAUCUAUACGAUGGAAGUCUACUAUCGCAUUUACUAGCUUUUAUGAAUAGUAAUAAUAGUUAUAAUAAUAAUCAUAAUAAUAGUAGUAGUAAUAUCGCAUUAUCCUUUGCCAGUUUCUAUGGUAAUUCGUCAUCCUCUGCUGCUAUUGCUCCUACUGCUGUUGGUGGUGGCGGGGUAGUGGUGGCGCUGGUUGUUCAUCAGAGACUGCAAGCAGCGGCAACAGCAUCGGCUUGUGUUGGUGUUAAUUCGCCAUCUGUUGUUGCAAAUGGUGUUCUCCUCCCAUCGAAUAAUGGAGUUGUAGUUAGUAAUGCGAGUGGUGGAGGUGUUGGAAGUGGCGGUGUCGGUGUCGGUAUCGGUGGUCUAUCCAACAGUGUUGUCGGCUUAUCAUCAGUUGCGGCUGCAGCUGCUAUCAGUUGUGGAUUAUUACCACAUUCAAUCAAUCAUCAUCAUCCUCAUCCUCAUAAUAACAUAAAUAAUAGUCCAUUGUCAUCUAUGCGUAAACGACGUCAUCAAAAUAAUGCACCCAAUGCCCAGUUGAAUCUUUUACUCCCUGAACAUGAUAUCUAUGCAGAUUUGACAAUUAUUCACAGAGCAUGUUCAAAGGCGUCAAAUAUUACAAAUUCAUCGAAUAAUGGACUAUCGGGUAACAAUCGUAAACAUUCUUCACAUAUGAUAAACAAUAAUGGUAAUAAUAACAAUAAUAACAAUAAUAGUACUACUAACACUAAUAAUAAUAUUAAUUCCAAUACAUCUCAAUUAGGUUAUACCAGUCCAUUGAGUCCAAUGAACAAAUGUUAUGAUGAUAAUAGUAAUAAUAAUAACAAUAUAAACGUAUGCAGAAAUGCUAAAGACUUACAUGGAGUCAAUUCAACUGUUGCAACUUUAUCCUCUUAUUCUACUUCAAUUGGUUCACCUAAUCCAUAUAAUAAUAAUAUUAAUGAUUCCCCGACUACACGUAGUGGAACACGUAACAAUAGCAGCCUUAUGAGUAGUAGUGGUACAAUGUUUGGCAUUAAUCCUAUCGGCGCCACCGUCAACAACAACAACAACAGCAACAAUAAUAUCAACAGUCCAUUGAAUACAUCAUCAUUUUCUAUAUGGAUAGAUGAUGGAAGACUUUAUUGUGGACAUAAAUGUUAUCAGAUUGGUGCACCAGUAAUCUUAGAAGGUCGUGAUGGUUCAAGUCAUCGAUGCUCUGGUACUAUAGCAUCAAUUGGUGUACAAGAUAUAGCUAUCCGAAGAAGUUCAGAUCAUGGGAUAUGUCGUGUAACAGUUCAACAAUUGAAACAAGGUAGAUAUGCUUUAUGGCCAAAUAAAACAGAAUAG